GGAAACCAUGAGUUUUGCAGCUUUCCUUUUCUGUUCAGUCCCACCCGAAAUCAUCCGAACCAUAGCGACCGGGUUUCAGGUGGCAGUGCGGAAGGAAGUGUGCCUUUUCGCUGUGGCUCCAGACCUGAAUUUUUUUACUUGCAGAAGCAGAAAAACAGGUCGUCGUUGCCUGCAGAAAAAGACGUACUAAGCCCUGAUCGGACCUGCGGGACAUUUUACUUUCUCUAGCAGCGUAGAGACAAGACUGUGGUUCAGUUUAUAUCUGAGGUUGCGAAGGCACCUUUGUGAACAGGUACCAUGAGCCGGGAGCUGAGCGUGCAGAUGGGCUCCCCGGCCCCCGGGGUCUCUGAGCCGCCGCCUCCUGACAACGGGGGCAUGGACUACAGGGACUGGGUGCGGCGCAGCUACUUGGAGCUGGUCAGCUCCAACCAUCACUCAGUCCAGGCCCUGUCCUGGAGGAAGCUCUACCUGAGCCGGGCCAAGCUGAAGGCCAGCAGCCGUACCUCCGCCCUGCUCUCUGGCUUUGCAAUGGUGGCCAUGGUGGAGGUGGAGCUGGAUAUGAAGUACAGCUACCCUCGAGAGCUGCUUAUCUCCUUCGCUGUGUGCACCACGGUGCUGGUGGCCGUUCACCUCUUCGCCUUGCUCAUCAGCACCUGCAUCCUGCCCAACGUGGAGGCCGUCAGCAACAUCCACAACCUCAACUCGGUCAGCGAGUCUCCGCACGAGCGCAUGCACCACUACAUCGAGCUGGCCUGGGGGUUCUCCACGGCGCUGGGCAUCCUGCUGUUCCUGGCCGAGGUCGUGCUCCUCUGCUGGAUCAAGUUCCUGCCCGUCGACUGUGGAUCCAAGGAGUGCCCCACCAGCGCUCCGGCGAGUGGCAGUGGCGGCUGGCAGGCGGCGCUGGCCUCCACUAUCAUCAUGGUCCCGGUGGGAAUCAUCUUCCUCAUCUUCACCAUCCACUUCUAUCGCUCCCUGGUGGGCCACAAGACGGAGCGCCACCACCAGGAGAUCGAGGAACUGCACAAGAUCAAGGUGCAGCUGGACGGCCAGGAGAGAGGCCUGCAGAUGGUGUGAGGAGAGUACUCACAGUGGCGCUACAGACUCCGCCAUAUUUGAUAUUUAUAGAGCCGGGCCUCAGUCUGCCAAGUUCUUCUAAAGGGAACGCUUUGGGAAUCCUGCCCUGAUCUGCAGGCAUGUUGAAGUCAAAACUAUCAAAAGUUUACAGACAACAAAAAGGGCUAUUCCGUACCAAAAUGCACUUUGCCUCUGAUUUACAACGGUAGCUUCAUUUGGAAAUGAGCACCUUCCUGUCUUCAUCUCUUCUUAUCAGUGGAAUCUUUCAGGAUUUGACUUGCAGCUUCUAUUCGAACUAACCUAGUUUUCCCGCUCAGCCAAAGAGAGUUCUCAUUUAGUCAGGUGGGCUUUUAGUUGGAUUAACCAUAAUCUGUGAUGAAAAAGUGAUGCCAAAGCAAUUCUUCUGUUCAGAAGCAAUGUUACAUUUCCGUGGUGUGCAAAAUGACGGUGCCCUCCAGGGGACAUGGAGGAAUUUUUAUCUUUUGCGAUCUCUUCUAAUAAUAUCAGGGCGUAUUGGGGACAUUGUAGAUGGAAAAAAAGAGAGUAAAUUUAUUUUAGUGCCAAAACACUCAAAAUGUUGAGAUUAAUCUCAGAAAUUUUCAGGAAAAAACUUGAAAAUUUCCUGGUUUCAAAAGUCAUAAAUGUUCAACUUUUGGAACUUCUGGAAUUUCCAAAAAUUGAACCUCCUCCUCUUCCAUAACGUGCCCAUUUACUUACUGCGUGUGCAACUUUUUUUUUUUUUUUUUCCUUAGGGACUUUUGAAACUGAAUAUUUCCGGAAGGCAAAUAUUUUUGACUU